GUGUGCUGACCACUACCAGGUCUGUCUCUGGUCUCUGCCUACGCUUUGUUUUGCAUGGACACAGCGUUCGAAUAGUCGCAGUUUCGUGAGUUCUCCGUGCACAAGUUUCUUAAUUUAUAAUAUUUGCUUCGCGGUACUGAUAUUGAAGCGCUAACCAACCGUGUGUUUCUGCUUAUUGCUGGGAUAACGCAAAUCACCUGCUUCUCGGCUUUGAAAAAGUGAAGACAAAAAGAGAACCUCUCUGGACGCAAGUCAAGUUUGUUUUGACGUUUAUUGGUUGAACUGAUAAACUGUCAACACGACGUCAGGGACGGGAUCGAAAGAAAAGAAUUGAAACGCCGUCUGCUUACAUAUUUUUGGCGUUUAAGUUCGGUGUUUGUUGGCUUUCCGCAUUCCUGCUAUCAGUCUGGAAAACAAUAAAGAUUUCGCGUGUAAUUUGAGUAGGAGCCUGCGGGUCGACGACGUGCAAUCCCCUCGCUGAUUUUUGCUGUUUUGCUCAGUGGCUUGGCGAAUGCAUGUGAGCAAGUUAGGUUCAAGGAAACAACAUUGAAGAACGCUUUCCAUAUAGAAGUAGUGCAAGUGAAAACAAAGCAAGAUGAGUCUGCUGGGGCGGGCGGAAGCCGACGAUUCAGAUAAAAUCGUUAUUAAUUUUAAUCAAAACUUCACAUCACUUGCCGUUGGAUUGACAACCGGAUAUAGUUUAUAUAGCUUAGGAAAUAUUGAUACUAGUCUCGAAAGGAUUUACACAAAUGAUGGCGAACCAAUUAAAUUGAUAGAAAGAUUAUUUGAAAGCUCAUUAGUAGCAGUUGUUACGGCGACAUCUCCGCGAAAACUGAAGGUGUGCCAUUUCAAACGACAAAGUGAGAUAUGCAAUUACUCGUACUCAAAUACAAUAUUAGCGAUCAAAUUGAAUCGUGAUCGCCUAGUAGUAUGUUUAGAAGAGAGCCUUUACAUUCAUAAUAUUCAAGAUAUGAAAGUUGUACACACAAUUCGUGAUACCCCAACAAACCCCUCUGGUCUUUGCGCUCUGUCUUCUUCAUCCGAUCAUUGUUAUUUAGCGUAUCCUGGAAGUGUGGCAUCUGGAGAAGUACAAAUUUUUGAUGCAAUCAACUUGCAAGCGAAAACGAUGAUUGAAGCACACAAUUCAUCACUAUAUGCGAUUGCAUUCAAUUCGUCUGGAACACAAAUAGCUACGGCUAGUGAGAAGGGAACAGUGAUUCGUGUAUUUUCAACGAUAGACGGAAAGAAAUUAUAUGAAUUUAGGCGAGGCAUGAAGCGUUGCGUUAAGAUCGCAUCACUGUCAUUUAGUACAUGCUCAGAUUAUUUAGUUUGCAGUUCAAAUACUGAAACGGUUCACAUAUUUAAGCUAGAUAAAGCCAGUAUGGAACCAGAGACUAGCAAAUCUCCGGACGAUUGGAGUGGGUACUUUAGUUUAAUUUCGCAAACUGCCAGAAGCUAUUUGCCAACACAAGUAACAGACGUUUUCACUCAAGGGCGUGCUUUUGCUUCGGUGGUUCUUCCCGAGGCAAAUGUUAAGCGAAUUUGUGCAAUAACAACCAUUCAAAAAUCAUUAAGACUUUUAAUUGCAUCAAUGGAUGGACACCUAUAUGUUUACUCAAUAGCACCAGUCGAAGGUGGUGAAUGCCAACUAGUAAAGAAGCAUAAUCUGCGAACUGCCGAAUCAUUACCAAUUUCAGUUCGCGAUCCACAUAGUGGUGGUCCAAAGACGCCGUCACCUCCUUCUUCUGGUCAAAAUGAUGGGCCGGUACUGAAAGGCGACGAUAGUCCAUAAUAUUCAUCAUAGAGCAACGAUAGAGUCUGUUGCAUAAUAAAUAGUGUCUACAUAUUCGUUUGUUUUCUAUUUCAAUUUCCAAAACAAUAUCAUCAGAUUUUCUAACACGCAAACAAAUUUCAUAAAAAAUAGUAAAAAAUAUUUAAUUGUUCAUUAUAAGCUAAAAGUAUCGAAAAACAAUUCAAUAAUAAAUUUACGAUAUCCAGUACAUUUCACUGAAAAGACACUCAUAGACAUCAAUCGACUUUUGGUCUAAAUUAAGAAUAUAAAAUGCAAACAUAUUCUCACCUACCUAAUCA